AUGGCGAACGAUACCUCAUUUGUGCCACACCAUGGCACUGUAUCCAAUGGCCGGACCAACAGCCAUGCUGACAACACCAGCCUCGACGACUAUGACUCAAAGGCCCUUGAAAAUGCAGUCACGUCGACUGAGUCAAUUCCAACUCAUCCUUUGGGAGUGAAACCGCUGGGCAACCAGUAUCUCUCGGACCGUCCGAACGCUCGGAAACACAUCGGAUAUCUGAAAAUUUUGCCCGAUGAGGCUCUUAUGCUCCUUUUGGAGUAUCUCGAUGAGGAUCGUCUUCGAAAGCUAGGCUACACUUCCAGGUUCCUCUACGCAUUCUGCCGAUCGGAUGAUUUGUGGAAGACGCUAUUCCUUCACUCAGGAAGAUUUGAGGGCAAAUGGCAAGGAUCUUGGAGGGCUACCCAGCUGAAACUCUCGUCUGAGCAACAAGCAGUCAUUGAUUGCAGUGAUGUCUUCUCCGACGUUCUACACAGACCCUUUGUCUGCAGCCAUGUAGAUUUGAAGCAGUUCACCUCAAGGAUACCAACUCGCAACACGAUUCAGCGCAUGGAAACCCUGACCUAUGAGGAGUUUUCUGAAAACUGGACCGAUACCCCUUUCGUUCUCACCAACUACAUCCAGAAGUGGCCCGUUUGCCACGGAUGGACUAUUGAUACCAUAUCGAAACGCUACCAAGAUGUAGAGUUCCGCGCAGAGGCUGUUGACUGGCCCUUUUCGACAUAUAACGAGUACAUGAACAACAACGAUGACGAGAGCCCUCUUUAUCUAUUCGACAAGAAAUUUGCCGAAAAGAUGAAGAUUACGAUUGGCCAAGAGGAGGGGGCAGCUUAUUGGAAGCCGGAGUGCUUUGGUCCGGAUUUAUUCGAGCUUCUGGGAAAGGAACGGCCUGCCCAUCGCUGGCUCAUCAUCGGGCCUGAACGGAGCGGAUCAACUUUUCAUAAGGACCCCAACGGGACAAGUGCAUGGAACGCGGUGAUCCAAGGUGCGAAAUAUUGGAUCAUGUUUCCACCCGCGGCUAUGGUCCCCGGAGUGAUUGUCUCGGAGGACAGCAGCGAGGUUACCAGCCCCUUGAGCAUCGCAGAAUGGCUUCUCGAGUUUCAUGCUGAAGCACGUCGGUCACCCGACUGCGUCGAGGGUAUCUGCCAAGAGGGGGAAAUUCUACACGUGCCUAGUGGAUGGUGGCAUUUAGUGGUCAAUUUGGAAAGCGGAAUUGCCUUGACCCAGAACUUCGUGCCGAAGAACCAGCUCUCCGAAGUCAUAUCAUUCUUAAGGGACAAGCCAGACCAGGUUUCUGGCUUCAAGCAAGAGGUAGCUGAUCCAUACGUAUUGUUCAUUGAGCGACUCCGCCAGGAACAGCCAGAUUUAUUAGAACAGGCCCUUCGGAUUCUGGAGAAGAAGAGCAUCCAGAAAAAGAGGAAGUGGGAGGAAGCAGUAGGCGGAAGCCAGGCAGAGGCCAACGGAGGUGGCUUCAGCUUCGGAUUUGGGGAUGACCUGGAUGAUGAAGAAAUCCCUUAA